AUGUGUCUGAAGUCCAUACCAAAGGCUUUUGUGAGACCAUUGAACCUAAGUCCUCGCGCAAUGAGCUGCCUUAAAUACCAACCUCCGGUGAAUCGUGAGAUGAGAACCCUGGACAGAUCAUUCUUCGUCUCAAAGUUGCCAUUGUGUGUUGUAAAGUUCCCAGAACCAAAGAAUAUCAGUGCAUUUGCAAAAGAGUUCAAGGAUAGCAUUUUGAGGGUACCCAGAAUUCCACAUGUAGUCAAACUUGAUCAAACAGUCGAGAACAAGAGUGCGAAAGGAAAGACUUUGGCGUGCGAUAAUGGAAUUGUGAGUAAGGGAGUUCUUUUAAAUAGUUCUAUGACUAGUACAGAGGAAGCUAGGGCUCAAUUAUCGCCAGAAGCUUUACAGUUUUUGGAGACGAAUAACGCAGAGAUCCUACCGUAUGAAUAUGUGCUCGAUUAUGAUUUCUGGAAAGCUGAAGAGAUCCUGAGGGCUGUCUUACCAGAGGAGUAUCUUGACGAAAUUCCAACAGGAUUCACCGUUACGGGCCAUAUCGCACAUUUAAAUCUACGACAAGAAUUUAAACCAUUUGCAUCAUUGAUCGGACAAGUUAUCCUCGACAAAAACAAUAAGAUCGAAACCGUAGUGGAUAAAGUCAGUUCUAUUGCUACAAAAUUCAGAACGUUCCCUAUGGAGGUUAUUGCGGGUCGUGGUGGCGACCUAGUGGUCGAGCAGAAGGAAUCGAACUGUACAUUCCGUUUCGAUUUCAGUAAAGUUUAUUGGAAUUCCAGACUACACACAGAACAUGAGAGACUUGUCAAGCAAUACUUCCAACCGGGGCAAGUAGUCUGUGAUGUAUUUGCCGGUGUUGGACCCUUUGCGAUUCCGGCAGGAAAGAAAGAGGUUAUUGUACUAGCUAACGAUUUGAAUCCUGAUAGUUUCAAGUACCUACAAGAAAACAUAGAAAUGAACAAAGUGAGCACCCUUGUAAAACCAUUCAACCUAGACGGAGCGCAAUUUAUCAGUGAUUCGAUCACGUUACUGCAGCAAUGGCGUGAAUCCAACGACGGCAAGUUACAAGUACCACUCAGAAUCAGUCAUCACGACCGGAAGAGACAGAAGAAGCAGGAUGCCAAAGAAGCACCCAAAUUCAAGGAGUUGCAAAUUCCGUUCGAGAUCAACCAUUUUGUAAUGAACCUGCCCGACAGCUCUAUAACAUUCCUCGACCGUUUUGUCGGACUCUACAAAGGUACAAGCAUAAAGACUCUACCGUGGAUCCACCUACACUGUUUCGAGAAAUACGGCAUAGACGAAGAGCCACCCAUGGAAGAACUAUACCACCGGGUCCAUUCAAGAAUUGCCACCUCCCUGCACACAGACAAACAAGCCCUGGCUUUUGACAAUCUGCGAUUCCACCUGGUGCGCAAAGUCUCUCCCACCAAGCCCAUGUUCUGCGUCAGCUUCCAGCUUCCCGAACAAGUGGCUUUCGCCGAUUCUACAUAG